AUGGCUUCUCGAGGACCUUCAGAAGCCCUUGUCAUUGAUGGGAGGAAGUACCGCCAUGUUCGAGAAGGCCUAGCUACAAUUCUCGCGCCAUAUGCCGACGACAAACCGGCAACUGGAAAACACGUCCGAAACAACGCAGAGGGCAAUCAGGUCGUUUUUUACAAUCCCAUCCAACAAUUCAACCGAGAUCUAAGUGUUCUUGCCAUCACAGUCUAUGGUGAAGGCGCCGUCUUGGAGAAAGAGAAACGGUUCCGCCUGAAGAACCAGCAUGGAAAGGCCAGACACCAUAAAGGUAGUACGCGACAGCAAAAGUCUUCGGUCACGGCAAUCGAGAGCAGCACCCCGGAACAGGUCAACGCGCUCAAACGUAAAGCCGACGACUUGGAGCAAGAUGGUUCGAAUGCAGACCCCAGCGAGACCGCCUCUACCGCUGCCAAAAAACCAAAGACAACUGACGGGCUUCUGGACGAGGAUGAGGAUGUAGUCGUUAUGGAACUAAGUGCAGACCCUGCCGUUGGUGAAAACAGUAAACACGAAACAGUCUCAACCAACGGAAUGACAGACAGCAAUGCGCAAGAAGCCCAGACGACAGAUCCAGCGACCACUGCGAAGAAACAACUGCCCUUCACCAUCCUAGAUGCACUAUCUGCGACCGGCCUUCGAGCACUGCGAUACGCCAAAGAGAUACCCUUCAGUACAAAUAUUGUCGCAAAUGACCUCUCGGCGGAUUCUGUCCAGAACAUCAACCUCAACAUCCAGCACAACGAAGUCAAGGACAAAGUGCACUCCAAUCUCGCCGACGCUAGAAUGUUCAUGUACAGUAAAGUCGGCAACGAAAAGCCCAAACAGGGACCCGAUUAUGUCCAUCGAUUCGACGUGAUCGACCUCGACCCUUACGGCACCGCUGCACCAUUCUUAGAUGCCAGCGUGCAGGCCCUCCAGGAUGGAGGAUUGUUAUGCGUCACCUGUACCGACGCAGGCGUGUUUGCUUCUACAGGCUAUCCCGAAAAGACGUACGCACUGUAUGGAGGCAUGCCUGUCAAGGGCCCGCAUUCGCAUGAAGGUGGAUUGAGAUUGAUUCUCAACGCUGUCGCUCUUUCCGCCGCCAAGUACGGUCUUGCCAUUGAACCGCUGUUGUCUCUGUACAUUGACUACUACGCUCGACUGUUUAUCCGGGUUCAUCGGAAACCACAAGAUGUCAAACUUCUGGCUGGAACAACCAUGACGUUGUACAACUGCGGACAUGGCUGUGGGGCGUGGAAGACGCAACCAUUGUUGCGGAACCAGCCACAAGUCUCGAGGAGUGGUGAAACUUUCUUCAAAUUCUCUUUUGCCCAGGCGCCGGUGACAACGCCGAAUUGUGAACACUGCGGCUCGAGACAGCACCUUUGCGGGCCGAUGUGGGCGGGGCCUCUGCAUAAUCCGUACUUUGUACAGAGGAUGCUGGAUAGGGUGCCGUCUCUGGAUAAGAAGAUCUACGGCACAACAGAUCGGAUUCAAGGGAUGCUCACGCUCGCUCUCGAAGAGGAUCUCACGCUCCAGAGUUGGCCAUCUGAGCCCUCGACACCAUUGGAGACCAAAGAUACGGAGAAGGGCAAGGACAAGAACAGCGACAAGCAAGCCGACAAGGACAAAGAUGUAUCAGGCCCAGACCCCCGAAUCAUCCCACGUCUCCCACCCAAGACCAUCGACAGCAGUCCAUUCUUCAUAAUGCCCACCCAACUAGCCAGGACCAUUCACUGUGCCACACCCUCGGAAGACAUGUUCCGUGGUGCUCUGCUCGGCCUCGGUUACCGCGUGUCCCGCUCACACUGUAAGCCCGGCAGUAUCAAGACGAAUGCGCCGUGGAGCGUGCUUUGGGAAAUCAUCCGAGAAUUCAUGCGCACCAAGGCGCCCAUCAAAGAAGGUGCAGUGAAGAAAGGAUCGGCUGGGUGGAAUAUUCUCGCACGGGUCAGGGGCACAGAAAGAGCGCAGGUCUCGGAACUGAAGGAUAGUGCCAAAGACCAAUUUCUGAGGUGUGAGACCAAAGAUGAUAUGAAGACUGUAUUGCAGGGGAUGUUGUGGAGAUUGGAGAAUGAGAAGGCGUCGACCGUUGACUCGCAGGCCAAAGAAACCACAGCGGCGCAGUCGUCAACAUCAACUGAUCAACCGAAAGAAGGCAAGGACGAGGUUGGUGCUAACGGCGGUGUCAAUGGAGAGAACAAAUCUGAUGCCGACAAAUCAAAUCCACCACAGCAACAACGUCGCCAAUCACGCUCGCAAAGUCCUCCCGCCCCAGUGCCGAGUGAGCUCAACAUUGUCUUUGACGAGAAACUGGGCAAAGAGAAACAUCGUGGCAAGCUGGUCCGAUAUCAAAUGAACCCAAGGGAGAACUGGGGUCCAAUGAGCCGAGCCGGGAGGAGCAAGGUUGAUGGCUGA